AUGGACUCCCCUGGAAGAAAAAAACUCCCUUUCUUUCGAAACUCCAGAUCCGAUCGAGCUGUUACUCGACGCCCUGCCACCGUGAAAUCUCACCGAAUCUUACGCUCGUUCCUCUACUUAAUCGCAUGGAUCUUCUGUGUACUGGUCGUCAUCGGAAAUGUCUCCAAUAAACCAGUCCUGCGCAAUACCUACUUUCUCUACCUCGAUCUGUCAAACAUCAUUCCUUUGUCUAUACCCAAUGCCGUCUUGAUCAACUCCAUCGCCCAGUCCAUUGGACUGCACGACUUCUACCAGGUUGGCUUGUGGAACUUCUGUGAAGGCUACAAUGGCCAGGGAAUCACCCAUUGCUCGAAGCCAAAAACCCUAUAUGCCUUUAACCCCGUGGAGAUUAUCGUGAGCGAGCUAUUAUCGGGCGCUAGUAUUGCCUUGCCAUCCGACAUCACCCAACCACUGAACCUGGCCAAGCUCGCUUCUCAGUGGAUGUUCGGUCUGUUUAUCACCGGCACCGUACUUAAUUUUAUUUUGAUUUUCAUCAGCCCAUUGGCCGUUUCCGCUCGGCCUCCGCAGUCCAUCAAGGGCUGGGCUGCCGUCAGUUCAUCCAACGGCGAGGGAUUCAAAAAUCCUGGCCAGCCACCCCAUCGCCGUCGCACUUUUAUUCCCUUCCGCUCCAUCCCCAUGCUUUUAAUCUCAUUUUUCGCUGCCCUCACCACUAUUGUCGCGACCGUUGUUGCGACCGUCAUGUUUAUCAUUUUCGCGAAUGUCUUCGUGACCGCAGACCCAAGCUUAGAUAUUAAGGCGCAUAUCGGCAAACAGAUGUUUGUCUUCAUGUGGAUCGCCUCGGCAUUUAGCCUCUUCGCCUUCAUCCUCCAGUUCUGCUCCUGCUGUGCAUCUUGCUGCGGUGGUCACAAGGCGCGGAAGCAGCUCAAGUCCGAGGGCAUUAAUUUAUAUGAGAAACACUCCGCGUAA